AUGAAGUUUGUCAUUUCUGGAGGAUCUGAUGUCCUUGUAAAUAGGAGCACAAAAGGUGCUUGCCUGGAUGGCAGUUCUCACCAGGAUGGAAUGGAUUUAAGUAAAAACAAUGAAGUUCUAUUUAACAUUAAUCCUCUGAUCAGAUCAGUGUGCACGGAAACACCCCCUGAGCAAGAAGAGGAGCUGCAUAAACUCACAGCAUCUGCCCUGGCCCUGAUCCUGGCAGCUUCCUUCGUCACCUUCUCCUGGAGUGCUCCUCAGGCUCAUUUCCAAAGGAGAAACUGGACUCCUCAGGCCAUGCUCUAUUUGAAGGGUGCACAGGGACGUCGCUUCAUUGCAGAUGAGAGCCAGAGGAAGGACCUGUAUGACAGAGUGCAGCUUGAAACACGCAGCCAUAAAACAAAUCCUUUAUCUCUUUCUGAAGCUACUGCAGUGUUCAUUAGUUCCUUACAGAAAGCACAAGAAGUGGAAGAGGAAAAUGGUGAUCACCCUGGCUACCUGGCAGACAAUCUAUCAAAUUGGUGA